AUGGAGGGGUGGAAGGGAGACUUUGUCGUGCUGGGAAUCGAGACUAGCUGUGAUGAUACGGCAGCUGCAGUCGUUGAGAGCAGCGGGAGGAUACUGGGAGAGUCAAAGAGGACUCAAGAUCAGAUCCAUGCUGCAUGGGGAGGUGUGGUGCCUGGCUUAGCGCGCGAUGCCCAUGCCAGCGCGAUCGAGGAAGUCGUGAAGGAGGCACUGGAGAAGGCGAACGUCACCGAAGAUCAGCUGGACGCUGUGGCCGUCACGAUGGGGCCAGGCCUUGAGAUCUGCCUGAGAGUUGGUUUCCACCAGGCCCGUGACAUCGCCCUCAAUUUCUCCAAGACCUUCGUGUCCAUCCACCACUUGGAGGCGCACGUGCUCAUGGUGCGGCAAGCGGACCAGAACGUCAAGUUUCCAUUCCUCGUGCUCCUCGUGUCUGGAGGGCAUUGUCAGAUCCUGGUGGCCCGAGGGGUCGGGGACUACUUGAUGCUGGGCGGGACUCUCGACGACUCUCUAGGAGAGGCGUAUGACAAGUCGGCAAGAAUGCUCGGACUCGACGUGGGAGGAGGCGGCGGCGCUGCCUUGGAGGCUCUUGCAGAGAAAGGAAACCCAAAGGCUAUCAAGUUUGGAGUGCCGAUGGCAAAGAGGAAGGAUUGCCACUUUUCUUUUGCUGGGCUCAAGACGGCUGUGCGGCUAGCGAUACAAAAUGCAGGAGGAGACCUCACCAAUCCUCUUAAUGACGCACAAGCUGCUGCUGAUAUUGCUGCCUCGUUCCAACAUGUCGCGAUUAGGCAUUUGGAGGAUAGGAUCGAGAGAGCCAUGAAGCUCUGCAAGGAAGAGAUGGGCAUGAGCGACCUGAAGCACUUGGUGGUGUGCGGAGGGGUCGCAGCCAACAAGCUCAGAGUUACAACAUCACUGCAGUGUUCCCCCCAGCUCGGCUCUGCACAGGCCUGUCGCUUCCAUGAAUGGCUUGUGCCGCUGAACCCGUCUACAGACAACGGAGUGAUGGUAGCGUGGGCUGCUGUAGAGAGGCUAAGGCUCGGAGUCUGUGAAGAUCCUACCGAACUUGAGGUGAAGCACGUUGUGCUCUCCUGCGCACACGUUGAUGUUCAUCACAGGUUAGGGCCCGUUGGCCUCUAG